AUGUUAGACGAAUUUGCAUUGUUCCUGGUAGAAUGUCAAAACGCGUCAGAAAGCAUUGACUGUGUGUCAGUUCUGGACUAUGCUGAAAAUAUUAAAAGACUUUUGUCAAAACUUCCGAUAUAUCUACACGAUCGAUGGAGAACUGCAGUUCUCAAAAUUAAAGAGACUAAGAGAAGAAUAGGAUUUAGUGACUUUGUGACCUUUGUGAAGACUGAGGCAAAGAAAUCUAAUGAUCCCAUAUAUGGAGUUUCAUCGUUGAGUGGAAAUUCACGUUCACAGCCUGAUAAGCACCAGAAAAGAACAGUUGCAUCAGGAGGCCUAAGUAGUGAAAAGGAAUCACCUGGAGCAUUAGUAUUGAAAUGUGAAUUUUGCGGUGGUGCUGGCCACGUGUUGAUCGAUUGUUACAGAUUUCAAAGAAUUGGUAUUCAAGAGAGAUAUAACUUUAUGAAAAAUAAAGGACUUUGCUAUGGAUGCUUGAAAAAGGGACAUGUAACCAAGAAAUGUAGAAACAGACUUAAAUGCAUUUCAUGUGGACGUCAACACCCUACCAUUCUUCAUGACCCAUCAAGAUCAACACCGAAUUAUCCAAUCAAUAGGGAAGAACACAACAACUCAGUUUCAUCAAGUUCUAACGUUGAUCAAUCUGUCAUCCAAACAGGGAAUUCUGAUGUCGGUGCUUCUUGUGAUGUUGGGGCCGGAGAACAAACAUCGGCCAUGGCGAUAAUUCCUGUGAGAAUUAAGUUGAAAAACAAGAACCAUAGUGUCAUUACAUACGCAUUCUUUGACUCGGGUAGCAGCGUUACUUUCUGUUCUGAAAACCUCAUGCGACAACUAGGCGUUAGUGAAAAGAAAUGUAACAUCACUCUGAACACAGUUGGAGAACCACAUCAGUUGGUGUCCCAGUCUGUCAGAGGCCUACAACUCUGUGAUAUGAACAUGACGGAAUUCAUAGAUCUUCCAAAAAUUUAUACGAAAGACAGGAUGCCUGUCACCCAUGAACAUAUUCCUAAAAAGGAAGAAAUUUCAAAGUGGCAUCAUUUAUCAAACAUAACGCUCCCAAAUGUUGCUGCUGAAAUUGGCCUUCUUAUUGGCAGCAAUGUCCCAGACGCUUAUGCUCCAUUUGAAGUGGUAACCGGACCAAGUGGAUCUCCUCACGCCACAAGGACGCGCUUGGGGUGGAUUGUGUGGAAUGUACUGAGAGAAGUCGGGUCAGGAUCAUAUGAUGUGAACAAAGUGACACUGGAGCGGUACUGUGAAUGUGACACUAAGCUGGAAGAAUUAGUGAAGGCAUCAAUUAACUCAGACUUUCCAGAGCACAUGAUAGCAGAAAAGAAAGAGCAUUCAGUGGAGGACAAAACUUUUCUGAGCCAAGUUGAAAAGUCCAUCAAACAAGUGAAUGGUCAUUACUCAAUAGGACUUCCUUUUAGAAACAAUUCUGUGAGCUUGCCAAAUAAUAUGAUUCAAGGACUACAGAGACUCGAAUGUUUGAAGAAGAAGAUGUUGAAAAAUCUACAAUUUAGAACUGAUUACACUGUUUUCAUGAAUAAACUGUUCGAGAAAGACUUUGUUGAGCCAGUUCCUGAGAUGCAACUACAAAGGGAUGAUGGACGCGUAUGGUAUCUUCCUCACCAUGGUAUAUAUCAUACAAAGAAGCCAGGAAAAAUAAGAGUAGUAUUUGACUGUUCUGCUGUGUUUAGGGGUGUGUCUCUAAAUAGUCAACUACCACAAGGACCUGACUUAACUAACAGUCUCUUAGGAGUGCUAAGAUUUCGACAGGAACGUAUUGCGGUACAAGGUGACAUUGAGUCUAUGUUCCAUCAAGUUGCAGUACCAGAAGAGGACAGAGACUGCAUGAGAUUUUUUUGGUGGAAAGAUGGAAAUCUGAGUGCUGAACCUAAACAGUAUAGGAUGAAAGUACAUAUUUUUGGGGCUGUCUCAUCACCUACUUGUUGCAAUUAUGCUUUGAAGAAAACUGCUGAGGAACAUGGUAACAACUAUGAUCAAAGCAUACAGAAUACCAUAAUGAAAAAUAUGUACGUGGACGACUGCUUAGCAUCAGUUGAUACAGAGGAGAAAGCCAAAUACCUCAUAAAGGAUCUGAUGGCCCUUUGUAAGGAGGAUUUCGAAGAAGAUAGAGCAGAAGACAUCAAAAAAUUUAGUCUGAAUGAAGAAACUCUGAUUGAGCGAGCCCUUGGAGUUUAUUGGUUCGUGGAAGACGAUUCCUUAGGGUUUCAAAUACAGUUAAAGGACCAUCCUACAACAAGAAGAGGCAUACUUUCUGUGACAAGUUCCAUUUAUGACCCACUCGGCAUUGUAGCGCCAUUUGUUUUGACAGCUAAAUCCAUACUCCAACAGCUGUGUAAAGAUGGUGUAAGAUGGGAUGAUGAAAUCGAUGGAACCAUGUUAAAGAAAUGGAACAGCUGGCUCAUGCAAGUGAAACAUCUGGAAGAUGUAAAAAUUGAAAGAUGUUACAAGCCAGGGAAUAUUGGACAUUCUGUGUUAUACCAGUUACAUUGUUUUGCGGACGCAAGCACACUUGGCAUGGGAGUUGUUAUAUAUUUGCGCAUGUCUGAUGAUCAUGGAAAUGUACAUUGUUCCUUCGUCAUGGGCAAAUCAAGAGUGGCACCAUUGAAAACAAUGACAAUUCCUAGGAUGGAACUCACCGCUGCGACAUUAGCCGUCAAGUUAAGUAGACUGGUGGACGAGCAAUUAGACUUUCCUAUAGAGAAAACACAUUUCUGGACAGACAGUACAACAGUACUUCGCUACAUCGCUAACACCAAGACUAGAUUCCAAACCUUUGUCACCAAUCGACUUGCCAUCAUCAACGCCCAUACAACUUUUGAUCAAUGGCAUUAUGUGAACACGAAAGAAAAUCCUGCUGACUGUGCAUCUAGAGGAAUAUCUGUGAUUGAUAAAUUCAUAGAUCAUCAGUUGUGGUUUCAUGGACCUGAAUUCCUCCUGAAAUCAGAAUCUCUUUGGCUUUUGAACUGUGACAUUGAUACUACUAUUGGGGUUAACGAUGUGGAAGUGAAAAAAUGCAUCAACACUACCCUUAUACAGUCUUCCUUCAAUGGUGUUGAAAAAAUUCUUCAGCAUUUCUCAGAUUGGAAAAGACUUAAAGUCACGGUUGGAUGGUUCUUGAAAGCCAAGGAUAACUUGAGAAAAAUAGUCAAGCAGAAAAUAGAAAGAAGAGAAAAAAUGAUAGACUCUGGAGCUUCAAAGGAGAGAAUCAUGCAGAUUGAGAGAGUGGAAAGUGAAACAAGAGUAAAGGAGUCCAAGAAGGCAAAAGCGAUUCCUUUUCUCAGUACUGAUAUCCUCGACAGAGCUGAAAGAGAACUUGUGGCAUAUGAGCAAAGACAGUAUUAUGCAAAUGAAUUGAAAAUUCUUGGAGACAAACAUGGAUAUGUCAAAAAAUCGUCACAGCUUUCUAGAUUAGAUCCUAUUUUACAUAAAGGAGUCAUCAAAGUCGGGGGCAGACUAGAAAAGCUAAACGCAUCUUUUACCACUAAGCAUCAGAUGAUCAUUCCAAAAAAUUCCACACUGACUAGGAUGAUUGCUAUAGAUGCCCACAGAUCUGCAGGACACAUGGGCAAGAAUGCUACUUUAGCAGUCAUUCGAGAGAAGUUUUGGAUACCCGGUAUUUCAUCUGUAUUAAAAUCGCUUAUCUCAAAAUGUGUUAUAUGCAGACGAUACCAGUCUCCUCCAAUGCAUCAAAAAAUGGCCAAUCUACCUUCUGAAAGAUUGGAAACAGAUGAUCCCCCAUUCACCCGUGUAGGUAUGGACUACUUUGGACCAUUUGAAUUGAAGAGAGGAAGGAGUAUGGUGAAACGAUAUGGUGUAAUAUUUACCUGUCUUAAUACACGAGCAGUCCAUCUUGAAGUGUCAUUCUCUUUGGAUACAGAUUCAUGUAUUGAUGCUAUUUGCAGAUUCAUCGCAAGGAGAGGAAAACCUAAAUUUAUCCGAUCAGACAAUGGUACAAAUUUAGUGGGUGCAGAAAAGGAAUUAAGAGAAGCUAUCAAGACAUGGAACGUUAACCAAAUUCAUUCUCAUUUGUUGCAGUCAGGGAUAGAUUGGAUGUUUAACCCAGCAUCACAUUUCGGAGGUGUCUGGGAACGACUUAUCAGAUCCGUAAGAAAGGUGAUAUUUUCCGUUUUACAUGAACAAACUAUUUAUCUGAACGAUGAAGGACUCACAACUUUGUUCUGUGAAGUUGAAGCAAUUCUCAAUGGAAGACCUUUGACGCCCACAUCAGAUAACCCUAGUGAUCUAAGCGCUUUGACCCCAAACCAUUUGCUACUUCUUAGAUCUGGAGAAACUUGCCCACCUGGAACUUUUUCACAGAUGGACAACUACGUUCGACGUAGAUGGCGCCAGAUCCAAUAUCUCGCAGACAUCUUCUGGAGAAGAUGGAUUAAAAGUAUCUACCCCUUCUUCAGAGCAGGCAGAUGUGGUUAA